AUGAAAAAUAGUGUCAAAGAGAAAAGUUUGAAUAAAAAUCAUGGAAGUGGUGAUAGUACUAAUGAUGGUAAAUAAAGGUUUUAUAACAGCAAUAGUGUGAAUAGAAAAAAUGUAGUUGUUUAAUCUCAAGCUGAAAAUGACGAUAAUCCUUUAUUAAUAUUUGAUAAAAUUGAUAAUAUCCUUUUAAAAAGUGCAAAUUACUCAUUUAUCAAUAAAGAAAAUUUAGAAAAAGAUCUGCUCAAAUUGUACAAUUUAGAAAACCUGACUGAUUAGAAAGCUAAGUAGAUAAUAAAAUAGUUAAAUCACAGUCCGAUGCAAAUGCUUAAAAAUGGAUUAAAAAACUAAUCUCAUAUAUUUAGAAAUAAAAUAAUAAACCCUGGAAGAGCAAAUGCUAAUGAAAAUAAUUAGCAAGUCAGCAAUGUCCAUAAAAUUUAAUAUAUUUCUUAAAAAAGAUACCGAAAAAAUGGGAGCUCAAGUAGCAGUUUAAGAAGAAGUGAGAAAGGAUACACUUUAGGAUUAUUGAAUAGUAAAAAUUAGAAUAACUUUUAUUCAAACAAUCCUCAAAAUGCAAGAAAUUCUUCAAACAUUAAAAAAGCAAGCAUGAUAAGCUAUUAAGCUAAAAGUGGGCUAAAUGCUAGUACAAAUUAAAUAAAACUUACUCACGAUGAAGAUUUAGAAUAUUAAACAAAGCAUGAAGCUUUAACUCCUUAGAGAUAUAAAAGGAGUUUUGAUAAAUAACUGUCUCCAUAACUCUCAUAAAAUAAAAAUGGAAGUUUAGAUGAUACAAACACUAAACCUUAAAUAAGACUUCCCUUUCAUGAUGACGAAUGUGAAGAUUUAUAAGAUUAAAAUAUGCAGGAGAAGUCAUUUUCUUCUUAAAAAAAUGAAGCUAAUAAAGCUGCAUCUUUAAACACUUAAAAUAGUCCUUCAGUAAAAAUUAUAAAAAUGAACAAUUUAUUAUCACAUAAUAUUCAAAAGGAUAUAUGUGAAUCUCCAAACAGCAAUAAAUAUGCUUUAAAAACAGAAUUUUCAUAAAUAAGAGGAAAUCCAAAUGAAAUCUAAUCAAUAUCAUUAAAUCAGGAAACUCCAACUAAAGAAGUUUAAGACAAUUACUAAAGCUAAGGAUCACAUCAAGCAUGUUGGGAUAUAUAUAAAAUUAAUGAAAAAAAACAGCUUUAACUUAAAUCAACUAAUCUAUAAGAUGAAAUGAAAAGAAUUGAUGAGUUACAAAUCAAAAACGAAAAAGCAAUAUCGAAUUACAUCUAAAUUAGAUAAGACCUUCUAGAUUUAGCAAUAAGUUAAAAAUUAAAAUAAAUUUAAAAGGGAAUUAAAGUAUAAAAAAAUUGA